AUGCAGCACACCUCGAUACGCGCCGCGCUGGCGCGAGUGUUCCAGAUCCCUCUGCGACCAAGUGCACAAUCAAUACAACAUGCUCGGUCGCUGCCGUCGACUAGCCCUUCACUGAGAUCGUCGUUCUCUACAUCAGCAUCAUUACAAGCCAAGAAAGGCGGGAAGGUGAAGCGGGAUCCGAAGAUCACCGCAAUCCGCCAUUUCCUCCACCACCCCACAACCCUCACCCCACGGCCCCUGCGCUUCUCCCGCAACCGCGCCCUCCGCCACUGGACGAUCCGGCGCGCGUGGUCGCUCUUCUACCACAACCGCCGUUUGAGUCGACAAGCCGAGUUGAUGCGUCAAUACCAGUCCAUGGCGUCGGCGAAUGAGGAGUUGAGGACGGGAGUGGGGGAUGGAGGGAAGCUGUUCAGGAGGGGGAUGAUGAAGGUGGGCGUGUGGAGUAUUCCGGAGAGGGGAGGAGGGGUGCCGAUUGAGUAUGCGCGGCCGUUGACGGAGUGGGUUGGGACGGUGGGCGGGUUGGGG